AUGGCUCGCGCAGCUUCACGCCGACAGGUCAAGCCUGCCGCGACUCCUGCUUCCAACCUCAUUAGCAAGUACACUCGCGUAUCCAAGGCCCAGGCUCUUCCCGUGGAUGAUGCCGUGAAGAAGGCCUUCUACAUUGAGCUCCCGACGCGGAGCAUCUCGACCGCGGAAGUCACGAUCAAGACCGAGGAGUCUCCCGUCAAGAACCUUCCCACACCCCCUCCCACACUGUCCGCCACGCCAUCCAGGAAGCGUAAGGCGGCUUCCGUCGAAGAAAACACCUCCCCCGUUAGGAAAGCCAGGAGCAAUGCCCCUUCGCCCGAGUCUCUGAAGCGUCAACGCAUCUCCAAGGACGGCUGGAAGGACGAGCCCGUCCCCGCCAAGAAGGAUCUCAACUCCCCCAAGCCGACGACUACUUCACCCAAGAACACCACUGCCACUGCCGUCGACGCCCACCGCAGGUCUCAAAAGUCGACCCUCAUCUCCCACGCCAAGACCGAAGGACGCAAAGCCACGAAGGUCACGCGAUCGAAGAGACGCAACGCCCCUACCGAGCCGACGAUCGAGGAGGAGCCAGCGACGAAGCAACUGCCCGCCGAGCUCCUCGAGCUUCUGGACCUGCAACGGGCCAUCCUGAAGACCGUCGCGCUCCAGAUUACACACCAGAACAGCAACGCUCCGCUCGACAUCAGCACCAUCACUCCUCACAUCACGCGGACAUGGGGAAAGCGCAAGGUCACAAUGGACGACAUCCGCAGGUGCAUCGCCAUCCAAGAUAUGAAGCCUACUGGCCAGGAACAGAAGAUGCUCGGGUCCCCGUUCAUUGUCACCGACUAUGGACGCGGCAAGCUCUGCUUGGAAAUGGACUUCUCAAAGAGCAACGGCCACAUUGACGAGCAGAAGCUCUGCGAGCAAUUCGAAGAGAACCUCCACAUCGUCUGCACGGAGCGGGCCACCGAUGAGAUGACCGACUUGGAUGUGUGCUUCGAGAACCUGAGCUUCAACGACUUGCCCAAGUCUGAGAUCAUCAUCCGCAACAACAUCUUCAAGACGAACCCGACCCUCGCCAAGGGACAGCGCGCGCUGACUGAGCUCAAGAACGGCAUUGUCAUGAAGAAGCAGGAACAGGAGGCCAAGACACAAGCUGCCAAGGCUGCUGCGACCAACCCCAACGGCACCAAGAUGAGCCUUCUCGACAGGCUGAGGGCCAAGGAGAUUGCCAACUCGCAGAUCGAGCUUCCCAGCGGCCCCGAGAUGGCGAGAAGGCGGGCGCUGCAUCGCAUCGGCGACAUCGCGGCCAUCAUCUCCAUGCUCGUCGCUGCGUCAAACUCUGCUGGACAGCUGGUCAUGUCUUUCCAGAUGCCCGUUCUGCAGCAGAAGUUAAAGGACUCGGUCAGAGUGCCUAUGCCUGUGGAGGAGGGCAUUGAGACGGUGCGCAUCCUGGCCACCGAAGUCGCGCCAGAGUGGCUGAAGAUUGCGAGAAUUGGCGGAAAGGACCACGUCGUCAUCCAGACAAGGCGCAAGCCGUAUGAUGCUGAGCUCGCGGCGAGAGUGAAGAGACUUUCUUGA